AUGCCCACGGGCACAUCGAACCGCAUAGGUUCUGCUGAGAGGGAUUGUGCCACUCGAUCAGCCAAGUCCCCGGAUCGAGUAUUACUUCAACGUCUCGGUUGCGAUCGCGAUCGUCUAGCCGACUUAUUGCAUCAGAUGACCGUCGAACGAGACUCGCUUCGCGACCGGUUACACGCGUUGACUGAAAAAGGAUUGAAUGAGAAAGCACGAUUGCUACAACGUUUGGAAGAGGCCGAGGAGGAAUUGCACACACUGCAGAAAGUACACUCUGCUGAUGCCUUGACUCAUUCGGAUCUGUCAAAACGUAUAAACCUUUUAGAAGCUGAACGCCGACAGUUGGUGAGUAUGAUUUGA